CUCCGCGGCAUCGAAAUUUUAAAACUUUUUCAUCAUCAUAGCAUCAUCCUCUCUCUCUCUCUCUCUCUCUCUCUAUCUCUCUCUCCCUGACAGUUCUUGCUUUUCUCCCUUUACAUCACUGACACAUACACAGCCGUCCGGAGUCCUCUGUGCAUUGUUUUCAGAAUUGCAUUCAAGAAAUCUCAACCCAGGAGCUUCAGGAUAUUCCGUGUUCAGUUACAUUGUCCAUGAUAAAAGAUGAAGAAACUGUUCUUUUUCAAAUCAACUGCUUCUAGUAGUGGAAACAACCUCUCACCACCACCAAAGGACAAACAGUGCUAUUGGGAAAAACCAGCAGACAAUUUUGAGAAGUCAAGAAGUAGAAACAAAUUUGUAGAAGAUCAGAACUCUGGAGCUCCCCCAACUCUUAGAAGGAGCCUUUCUUUUUCAUCUGGAUCCCUUAAUGAUGGUGUUGUGGCACACAGGGAUUUUCUGGAUGGAAACCGUGGUAACAAUGUGCAACUUAGGAAAUCAGGCCGCCGGUCGUCUCGUGGCCGGCCACUUAUGCCUGAGAGACGACCCCGUGCUAAAUGCUUGAAUGAUGUUGAAACCUCUUAUAAAGUGAGGAAUGAUUAUGGUUCUUCAUUCAUACCACACAAUGACUUGUCUGAGAGCUCUUCCCACUGCUCCAGUAAUAUUUCAAGUAAAGUUUUAGAUCUUUACAUAGAUGGGGAGCAAGAACAUGAAAAGAGUGGAUCCACCAAUGACUUGUGUGGGAAAGAUCAUGCUGAUUAUGAAUGUGGUGGUAUACAAUUGCCUCCAAGAGUCCAGCACACUGUACCUUCUUCACCACCACCCAAUACUAAGAAGCAGAAGCCUAAAUCUCAACCUUUCAGAGGGACUGCAGGAGAACCUCAACUUUAUAUUUCAUCUUGGGAGUUGAUGGAGAAUGGUUUUGGGCAUGAGUCUCCUAGAAAACUUGCUAAAAAGGUUGUCGAGAGGCUUUCUCAAUCCCAGUUGCUUGCUGAGAGGAGUUCGAAAGAAUUUGAUGCUGAUACUCCAAUUACAAUUGAAGAUAUCUAUAGUGGGAAUGUAAGUAGAUGUCCUAGUGUGUGUUCUGAUGGUGUUUCUCAAAACCAUUAUUCAAUAAAUGGCUUGAAUGGCACAGAUGGUGAGUAUCAUGGUGAAGCAAUUCAUAGCUUCCAAGAAAGAAACUCUUUCUCUAGUGCUAAUUGCAGCAAUAUGGGGAAUGCUUAUGCUGAAGAAGACUCAGAUUCAGAACUGUAUAGAAAAUUCAACGAGGCUGAUGAACUGGCAAAAGUGCUGUCCGAAGAUCUUGAAGAGCAGAACUUUUUUCAGGGGAGAGGGCUCAGUGUUCCUGCAUUGAUCCAGAAAAUUAGAAGCCUGACUGAGGAAAAGUUACAAAUGGCCAUUGAGGCUUCAGCUGCAUUGCAGGGUCAAAUUACUGAGAGAGCUUCAGCUAAAGAAGAAGUCAGAUUAUUGAGAGCUGAACUAGAUUCACAGACACAAAGAUUGGAGAAGGAGAAGAACGACAUGCAGUCUUCACUGGAAAAGGAGUUAGACAGAAGAUCAAGUGAGUGGUCCAUCAAGCUUGAAAGAUACCGUUCAGAAGAACAUAGGCUCCGUGAAAGGGUCAGGGAGCUUGCAGAGCAAAAUGUUUCUCUUCAAAGAGAAGUGUCCACCCUUAGUGAGGCGGAGGUGAACAACAGAAGUAGGAUUUCGUAUUCAGAAAAUCAACUUGAUGAUCUUGUGAAGAGAGUGGAGAAAGAAAGAGAGGAGAAUCAGAUUUUAGAGCGAAAUAUAUAUGAACUCAAUGAGAAGUACAGAACAGCUCAUGAAGAUCAAGAUUGCAUUAGAAGGAACUAUGAGGACAAGGUGAAAGAGUGUAAAGACUUACAUAGAUCUAUUACCAGGUUACAAAAGACUUGCAGUGAACAAGAGAGGACAAUUGAUGGACUGCGAGUAUUCUAUGAGGAAGUUAGCGUGAAGAACUCAACAAGAGACUUUGACAAUGAAUUGACAAAGUUGCGAAUGGAGCAAAUGAGGUUGGUAGGAGUGGAGUGUGGUUUAAGGAAGGAAGUGGAGUCUUACAGGCUUGAAGUUGAUACACUUCGGCAUGAGAACAUUAAUUUGUUGAACCGCUUAAAAGGAGUUGGACGAGAUGCUGGAUUCUCAACAUUUAAGCUAGAUCAAGAAUUGCAAAACCGUGUGAGCUGCUUGGAAAACCAAGGCCUGUCUUUACUUAAGGAAAGCACCCUUGUUUGUGAAAAGUUGUUUAAUUACAUCAAAGCAAAUGCUGGAGACAUGUUUAAGGAUGGACGCGGUAAUUUGGAUAGAGGGUUAGAUGGUCAAUUUAUUGUUGAAUCUGAUGUUAAGAUCCUUGGUUUUAAGAGGGGGAUCGAUACUUUAAUGAAAAGUUUACAGAAUGUGUCUGUGGUGCUUCAUGAGAAGUCUGAAUCUCAGUUACCUAGUUUAGAAAGUAAGAUUCACCAAUUAAAUAGUCAGAAACCAGAAGAUAUAAUGCAGUCUGAGCUAAAAGCAGAGACUUUACUUACAAGUUUGUUGCGGGAGAAGCUUUAUUCCAAAGAAUUGGAUAUGGAACAGCUUCAAGCUGAGCUGGCAGCUUCUGUCAGAGGCAAUGACAUGCUCAAAUGUGAAUUGCAAAAUGCACGAGAUAACCUUUCAUGUUUUACCUACAAGAUGAAAGACCUUGAACUUCAGAUGAUUAAGAAAGAUGACAAUAUCAAUCAGCUUCAGAACAACCUCCAAGAAUGCAUGAAGGAAUUAACGGUAGUGAAGGGGAUACUACCGAAAGUAUCUCAGGAGAGAGACGUAAUGUGGGAGGAGGUUAAACAGUACAGCGAAAAGAACAUGCUGUUGAAUUCGGAGAUGAAUGCUUUAAAGAAGAAGAUAGAGACACUGGAAGAAGACAUCCUCCUUAAAGAAGGUCAGAUCACUAUUUUAAAAGACACUCUUGGCAAACCUUUUGACCUUCUCUCAAGUUCAGGUUCUACAAGGGAUUUUAUGCUUGACUGAUUGGUCACUGUUUUGGGAAUUUAUUAUCAGCUUAGUGUUUAUACUUGUAUAUUGUUUGAUUUUCUCUUCUGGAAUUAUAGCAUAGCAUAUAGGCUCAAUAAAAACCGGCCUACUUCUUUCUGAUCAACCAUCUGGUUGACAAUGCCAUUGAUGAUUUGCUUUGCUGCAUGCUUUAUUGAAUCAAGAUAAAAUGUUUUCUUUUA